AUGGUGUCGACCGACAUUGCUACGCGGGAGCUCGAGAACCCCAUCGACGUUGCUGAGUACCUGUUCCGGCGUCUGCACGAGGUCGGCGUUCGUGCUGUGCAUGGUGUGCCGGGCGAUUACAAUCUCUCGGCCUUGGACUAUCUGUCCAAGUGCAACCUCAACUGGGUGGGCAAUUGCAAUGAGUUGAAUGCUGGUUACGCUGCUGAUGGAUAUGCCCGUGUGAAUGGCAUCGGUGCUUUGGUGACCACCUUCGGGGUUGGUGAGCUGUCGGCUCUCAACGCCAUCGCCGGUGCAUACUCCGAAUUUGUCCCCAUCGUCCACAUCGUUGGCCAGCCCACAACCAAGUCCCAGAAGGAUGGGAUGCUGCUGCACCACACUCUGGGCAAUGGCGAUUUCACCGUUUUCGAUAAGAUGAGCGGGCAAAUCUCUUGCUAUACGGCGCGACUUAAUGAUCCCCAUGAUGCCGCGACUCUGAUCGACAGCGCUAUCCGGGAGUGCUGGAUUCGUAGCCGUCCGGUCUACAUCACCCUGCCGACCGACAUGGUCUCCGCCAAGGUUAACGGUGAUCGCCUGAAGAAGCCAAUUGACCUCAACCUGCCAGUCAAUGAUCCAGAGAAGGAGGACUACGUGGUGGAUGUCGUCCUGAAGUAUCUCGAGGCCGCCAAGAACCCUGUCAUUCUGGUCGACGCCUGUGCCAUUCGUCACCGCGCGCUGGAGGAGGUGCGGGGCUUGGUGGAGGCCUCGGGCUUGCCCACCUUUGUGGCUCCCAUGGGCAAAGGCGCCGUGAAUGAGACACACAAGAACUUUGGAGGAGUUUAUGCUGGCAAUGGGUCCAACCCGGGCGUCAGCGAGAUCAUUGAAUCGUCUGACCUCAUCCUCAGUAUUGGGGCCAUCAAGUCGGAUUUCAACACCACCGGAUUUACCUAUCGCAUUGGACAGCUGAACACCAUCGACUUCCACAGCACCUUUGUACGGGUGCGCUACUCGGAGUAUCCCGACACCAACAUGAAGGGCGUCCUGCGAAAGGUUGUCCAGCGAAUGGGCACGCUGAGCCCUGGUACCGUUCCUCAAAUUACCAACAUCCUGCCGGAGAGCGAGCGAGCCUCGACGAACCAGACCAUCACCCAUGCUUGGCUGUGGCCCACGGUUGGCCAGUGGUUGAGAGAGAGGGAUGUGGUCAUCACGGAGACUGGCACCGCCAACUUUGGGAUCUGGGACACUCGCUUCCCGGCGAAUGUCACCGCCAUCAGCCAAGUCCUGUGGGGUAGCAUCGGCUACUCCGUUGGGGCCUGCCAGGGUGCCGCAAUCGCCGCCAAAGAGCAGAAUGACCGCCGCACUAUCCUCUUUGUCGGCGAUGGUAGCAUCCAGCUGACUGUCCAGGAGCUAAGCACGAUGCUUCGAAACAAGCUGAACCCUAUCAUUUUCGUGAUCUGCAACGAGGGCUACACCAUCGAGCGGUACAUCCACGGCUGGGAGGCGCAGUACAAUGACAUCCAACCCUGGGACUUUGCCAACAUCCCCCCAGUGUUCGGGGCCAAAGAUGGAUACAAGGGAUACCGAAUCAAGACCCGCGACGAGCUGAACAAGCUGUUUGCCGACCAGGAAUUCUGCUCUUCUCCGAGCCUUCGGAGGCCGCGGCGUCACGCAACAAAUAAGGAGGAUCAUGCAAACUUACUCGAAUCAUCCGAGCCCUGGCGAUCGUCGACGUGGUGGCCUCUCUCGUUGGCCUCAGAGAUUCUCCGACGCAAGGAGCCUGAGGCUGGAAUCCUCGGUCGGCACCGCCGUGCCCAGAUUGGACAAUCGGAGGGGAUCGCCCCUGCAAUCUUGCUGCAGACAACUGACACGGUGCUUUUUCAGCAUCGUUCCCCCAGUCUCUUAUCCUCAACUUGGGUGCCUUCUCGUGGUGUCCUUUAUCUCUGGUCAUUACGGUUCCAUCUCCGAUUUGACCUAAUCUAUCGCGAUGGACGGACGACAACAACAGUAUCUUCCGGCCCCCCGCCCUCUCAGUCACAUCCUAUCAACCUCCCGCCGCCGCCUCCUCGAUACCAGCCGACACAAGCGCAGACCGGUGUACCACCGCCGCCACCCAGACCACCUCCGGCGACGGGAUAUGGAGUCCCCACGGGAUGGCAGCAAAGUUGGCAGACACUGGCUACAGGCUUUCCCCCUCCGCCCCCUCCACUUGUUGCACCGGCACACCCCCAAAACCAGCACUUUGCACACGGCCGGCCGCCUGCUCCUCUGUCGAUUAUCCCGCCGCCUCCUCCAAAUAGCUCCCAGCCUCUGACAUCGGCAACUUACAUCCCCCCACCUCCGAACGAAUCCCAGCCCCUGACAUCCGCAACUUACAUCCCCGGAAAUGACACGAUUGGCGUCGGUAUCCCGCCUUUGUUCGAGUCACACGGACGAGUUCCUUACGAUCCCUAUGCCCACUCCACCGCCUAUGAUAGAAAACGACCGGUCUUGAACCAGGCAAAUGAGCACGCUCUUCGCAACAAUGUCCACGAGCUGAUCACCGACAAUCACCAGUCACAGCCUAUCAACCAAGCAAUCGAUAUCAACAAGUCAUCGAGUCAUCGUCACAAUGCCAGCGGCGCUUCCUUGGGUGGGCUGUCGCCCAACGAAGCCGCAGUUCAGUGGCCACUCGAUCGAGUUCUCCUGUGGCUUGCCAAGAAUGGGUUUUCUCGAGAUUGGCAGGAAUCGUUCAAAACCUUGGAGAUCGAAGGCAUCGAAUUUCUCGAACUGGGCCUCAUGUCCGGAGGACGUGGGAAUCUGGGUAAAUGGCACCAGGUUGUAUAUCCCCAAUUGGCCAAGGAGUGUACUCGCAAUGGAGACAAAUGGGAUCAAGUCCGUGAACGCCGUGAACGGGAUGAGGGCAAACGCAUGCGCAAAUUGAUCCGCCAAAUCCACGACGACACGGAGGACUCCUCCAAUUCCACUCCCAUGUGGGGAGAUGCGCAACUGCCGUCAUCCCCGUUUCCGCCAGAUGGUGGCCCGGGACAUUACUCGACUCAGACUCUAGAGCCCCGUUCGGCUGGUCCUAUCCCUGGCCAAACUGACGUGAGCCCCGACCAACUUGCGGCGGUACAGUCACUAUCAUCCGACUACAGUCAGAAGCAAAACGCGAAAAAUCGCUCGGUGACUGCGCCAAUCCCCCCUGGUCAUGACUCUCCCAUACAUAAUUCCCCCUCGCGAAACUCGCCGACUUGGGUUCGAUCCGAUAUCUCGCGAACGGCCUUGGCAGCGCUCAGCGACCAUCGACGCCAAAGCCCCUCCAUCUCCAGUGACAAUGGCACUUUCCCUGGCGCAUCUCUUCGUCCACAUGAAGAUAGUCCAAAGAGUGGCAGUCCAGCGACCCAACACGUCACUCCCUCAUACCCAGGCCUGACGUCUUCAUCUACGGGGGAUCUGACAAUGAGACAUGAGCAUUCUCGGGAAAACAGCACCGGAUCGAUUUCAGGCGUUGGGCGGGGAGGCACUCUAACGGGCCGAUAUUAUGACCCCCGUCGGCAAGGCCAAGAGGGCGCCCGUCCUUCGCCCCAGGACACAUCAGGCCGCCAAUGGAGUGGAGAAAAUGCUUCAUCUUUUCCGAAAGAGCACAACAAAGGGUUUUUUACUCUUUUCAAGAGAAAGCAGCCCAAGCCGAAUGACUCGAGUCACCCCUCACCUGAAGAGCUGCACCUGGACUCGCCUGAUAGCCCUGAGAUGCGCCCAAGUGCCUCAUAUCUGCCAUAUUCGAAACCCGCCUUCAAUUCGAGUGACAUGUCCGUGGGCGAGCGUCCAUCGUCUGCGUCCAUGUCAGACCAUGAAAAGCUCGAGCGGAAACAGUCUGCGAAGAGAAAGAAAUGGGUCUUUGUGACCAUGGACGGCUUGAAUUUCCGCUUGCUCGACAUUUCUGACAUGGAAACGGUUGCAAGUCUACGAGCAGGGAUUUGUCAAAUCCUUGGAAUCUCCGACUGGGCUAGUGCCCAAAUCUUCCUCACGGAACCCGGUCAAAGCGAACAUGAAGAACCCAUGACCGAUACCACAUUGGCGCUAUCACGCCGGAACAAAUCAGACCCGUACGGCUCUCUCAAGCUACUUGUGCGAGGGACCGUCGCGCAUCCGACCCUCCCGCAUCUUCCCCGAUUCGAUGGUCUUGGUGUUUCGAUCCCUGAUAAACCGGCCACAUCUCCCACGGCCACACAUCAUCAAGUUCACAGAAAACCGUUGGAUGAGGAUGCCCUGAGCAGGAUAUCUCCUCACACCCAGAUCAAACCCGACUUGCCCCUGCUGGGCUCUCGGCAGCCGACACUGAAAGCUGCCAACGCGAAUGCAGGUCUCGCAGACAGCGCUCAGAACUCAAGCCACCCAACCGACUCCGAAAAAGCAGGGUUGUCUGCUCGUCAUGAGGAUUAUUUACGAGAGGUUGAGCGAAAACAAAAGGCCUACCGUGUCAACCGGUUCUCCCCAUCCACAGAGCAGGAUAGGAAAGACGCCUAUGGCGAAACUGGCUACAGGCGGGGCGGUGUCAUUGAUUUCGAUGAUCGACGUAUCUCACCUUACGAAGAAAAGAAUUCGCUUGUGCCUCUUCGCAAACCACCGAUUGCCCCGCACGAGUCUAGCACUUUAACCAAGGUCAAUUCCCUCAGCAAACGACCAGGUGAUCGUGAACGCCCUCGAGCUCCGCCGACUAUCCAGACACACGGCCUCGGAGCCGCACUUGCUAGUGUUGGCCGGAUCACAAGCGCCAUCGGCACGCCAGCAUCGUCGGUGCCAGUUCCUUCGACGCCUUCCAACCGCGAUAGCGCAAGCUCCGAGUCCGAACGGCCACAUACACUUGAUUCUGUUGGAACGGCCUCGAGUAAGACUACCAUAGAACAAAAUGGUCAGAAAUUACCGGCCAAGGCUGUCUCUCGUGGGCCGUCAAAGAGGUCAGCUGCGCAAUCCCGCAAAUCGGUCGGACCGGAGUUCGAGUUUGAAGAAAACGAGGUUUCAUUCCAGCGAUCUCCCAAUCUUCAGGAAGAUUCGGACGGUGAUUCCUCCGACGAUGGUCUCUUCGCAAAGCCCUUGGCGAAAACUCCAGCUCAGCCGGCUGAUCCUGGCCCCGAACCAAAAUCAGAGAAACCAACUUUGAGUGUGGACACAGCGAACCGAUUGCGACGGGAGCGUACUGUUCGCUUCGGAACUCCCACUAGUGCCGGCGAUAACCGUGCCGGGUCCUCGGCACAUAGUCCUGGCGGAGAGGCGUCUGAUGGCAAAGAACCGUUUUCCGGCACGUUCUACGGGUCAGAAUCGCCUGAUGAUACGCCUGAACGGAGGGGAUCAUUCGCUCGAGAAGAUAUCUGGGCCAGCCGACCAGCUGUUGAAGGCGUGAUUAACCGCCUCGAUCAUUUCUUCCCCAAUGUCGACCUGGAUGCUCCCUAUCUGGACGAACCUCCGUCGCCCAACAAGGCCAACACGGAGCAGGAUCCAACCAUUAAAACCAAACAGGGAGCUUCGCCUCUUCCGCCUCUUCCACCUCUUCCACCUCUCCCACCCCAGCCUCCACCAAAGUCCGGUGAUUCUCACGGGGCCGAUGCAUCAACCAUAAGAACUCAGAAAGCCGAUAACGUUGCUCAACGCAACCUUAACCGCAGUGGUGGACUCCAGCGGAUGAGAUCUAUUCGACAAGUUGCCAACCAAGCGAACCAAGCCCAUAGGACCAAGAGCGUCAGCUCUAACGGUCCACAGAAAUCCGGGGAUCUCCUGCGGCGAAAGAGUACUAAGAUGUUUGGCGCCAAGAUCAUGCAGAUCAGUCCCAAGCCAGGCAGUCGGCUCAGCCAGCUCGAUCCUAUUCCGCAGGGUAACAAUCAAAUGGCUUCAAAUGAACCUGUUCCUCAGCGACAAACUACUUUCCGCAUCAUUCGUGGUCAGCUCAUCGGCAAAGGGACCUACGGGCGAGUGUAUCUGGGCAUCAACGCAGAUAAUGGUGAGGUGUUGGCAGUGAAACAAGUGGAAAUUAACCCGAGAAUCGCGGGAGCGGACAAGGACCGCGUCAAGGAAAUGGUGUCUGCCCUAAACCAAGAGAUCGACACAAUGCAGCACCUUGAACACCCCAACAUCGUCCAGUAUCUUGGUUGCGAGCGAGGCGAGUUCUCUAUUUCGAUCUAUCUGGAAUAUAUUUCCGGUGGUUCAAUCGGCAGCUGUCUUCGCAAACAUGGUAAAUUCGAGGAAAGCGUCGUCAAAUCCCUGACACGGCAGGUUCUCAGCGGAUUGGCAUAUCUCCAUGACAAAGGGAUUCUCCACCGUGAUCUCAAGGCCGACAACAUCUUGCUGGACCUGGAUGGAACGUGCAAGAUUUCUGACUUUGGUAUCUCCAAGAAAACUGACGACAUCUACGGAAACGACUCGACCAACUCAAUGCAGGGCUCGGUCUUCUGGAUGGCCCCGGAGGUCAUCCAGUCCCAGGGCCAGGGUUACAGCGCCAAGGUCGAUAUUUGGUCUCUUGGCUGUGUAGUGCUGGAGAUGUUCGCGGGUCGCCGACCUUGGAGCAAGGAGGAAGCCAUCGGCGCCAUCUUCAAGCUGGGCAGCCUCAACCAAGCCCCUCCCAUCCCGGAGGACGUCUCCAUGAAAAUUGACCCGAUCUCUUUGGGCUUCAUGUAUGACUGCUUUACAAUGUAUGUUUGCAAUGUCUCCUCCUUCAUCUUUAGCGGCUUUCUUCUUUUUCUCCCUUUGGUCCUGGUUCUCUUCUCUAACUCGUCCGACAGAAAUUCCUCGGAGCGUCCCACUGCUGGAACCCUGCUUACACGCCACCCGUUCUGUGAAUCCGAUCCUACCUAUAACUUCCUCGAUACGGAGCUGUACUCCAAGAUCCGCGAUGUUUACUGA